ACAUCACUGUACGUACUUAGCUACUUUACUGCUGCGAAAGAUUAUGCGCGCAGAUUAGCGGUGAUGGCACAUCACCAACGCACCAAUCACCACAAAGGGGUGUGGCCAUAGAUUUUCAAGUGGAAUAAUACACAGCACACACCGAAAAAGGAUAUUAACAACAAAUGGCGAGCGUAACAAUACAAAAGCACUUUGGUGUAUCCUUUAAGGCGUUUCCGGGUAUAAAGCGACUUUCAUUCAAUUUGUGCAAAUGUAACUUAACGUUUGCGCAAUGCAACUUUUGAAUUUAUUAGCAACAGCAAAGGCGAAAAUGUUGCCAAUCCAAAUUGAUGAUGAGCUCCACUUCAAACGCAAAGGAUAUAUCACGAAGUCUUACCAGCAGGAUUAGUUUCAUUUUGAAAGCCAUUGAAUAUUAAACGCGCAACAAAAUUCGCCGGAAGUUUUAGGUUUUUGGUUUUAGGAAAAAAAAAUAUGACAGACAAAAAUGACACUACACCAAUGGUGGCUACAAAGCGAGCGCGCGUUGGCGUUACGAAUAAAUCCUUUAAAUUCAGCGCUGUGCCGGUGCAGUCGAAAGGCGCUAAUCGUGUGCCAAAAUGUGCGCGUUGCCGCAAUCAUGGCAUCAUCUCCGAAUUGCGUGGCCAUAAGAAACUGUGCACCUACAAAGGCUGCAAGUGCGCCAAGUGUGUGCUAAUCUUCGAGCGACAGCGUAUUAUGGCGGCACAGGUUGCCCUAAAGCGUCAACAGGCGGUGGAGAAUGCCAUUGCACUGCGAUUGAUGACCACCAAGACUGGUAAACAAAUCGAUACAUUGCCGGAGGGACAAAUCUUUGGAUUGUCCCAAAGUUCUUUAGACACUGGCGCAGAAGUUGAGAGUGAGGGAAUGGAAAGGCAAGAGCCGCUGCUAAUCUCACAGAGCGCUAUAGAUAUGUUGGCACAACUCUUUCCGCAUCGCAAACGUUCUGUGUUGGAAUUGAUAUUGAAGCGCUGUGAUUUGGACUUAGUGCGCGCCAUAGAGAGUGUUACGCCCGCAGUCAGUAGCGCAUCCAAUGAAGCGUCCAAGGCUGCCUCAACAACUAUGCUCAGUCAUGCGGCAGCGACAUCAUCAACAACUGUUGCGCCUAUUCGAAGCGCUUUUAAGCCCGUCACUGCUGAGCUGUACGCUCAUAAAUCUGCCCUUAUUAAUGCCACUGGCAGUACAGCUACGAGUGCUGGCACUCCAGCUAUCUGCGCUUAUCCCAAAUGGUUUGUGCCGCUCUCCUUCCCCGUUACAAUGGGACAUCUAUCGAAUUUAGCGCCUCGUUGUACACUCCCCAAUUGCACCUGCAUGGAUACGUAUCAAUUUAAUUAAUUAAGUUGGGGAAAAAUCUGCUAACAAUAAAUAUUAUUAAUUAUGCUAUACUGUC